CACCUUGCCAGGUGGGCAGCAGUAAGGAACAUCUGGCGUUCUGUGAGGAAGGAUUAUGGGGAAGGGAGGACUGUGAAGAACAGGUGCAACUUUGUAGGUGGAAACAUCUGCUUUGGACAUUUUUCGGACGUGUUCGUACGCACUGCUGCACUUCGGGACUGAAAAUGAAUGGUAGAACAGAAUGGAAGGCAACAGACAGCACAUCAAUCCCAAGGAGGAGAUGCGCCAAUUCUUUUAGCGGAAUGUCGCAUGUUUGCCCCAAAAACGGAGUGGAUGCAAGCUGUCGAGCAUCACUGUUGGCAGCACAACACGAAGACCCCGCCAGCUACUAGCUAGUACCGGAAGCUAGGUUGGGCUCUCCACCCAUCAUCCUCUUUUACAAGAGAAGCAAGAGAUCAGAUUGAUAUCGGCCAUACACCAUACACACAACUGCUGCUACUGUACUCCUGCCAUCCAUGUCAAUGAACAGAAAGCAUUCAAGUUAACUUACAUCUACUAGCUAGUGCAAAGAGGCGAAGAGCGAAGAUACUGGCUCGACUCGCAAAGAUACCGCGGCGUGGACGGCCUUGUUAGUCUCGCCACGGGGUCUUUCAAGAGAGAGAAAGAGUUCCUGUUACGAGUGGCUAGACAGAAGAGUUGAGUGUUCAAGCAGCAACCAACGAGAGGCAUCAGGAGAGACCAGAAGGACCUCUUUUCUCCACAAAGGAGCAGCGUGGAUGCUGGAGUCGUGUGGUGUGAUAGACUCGUGACUCGCAGUUUCCGUACUGUUCCUUUGGUGUUGUGGUGAAACCAUCAAGUCAAUUGAGGACAGUCAAGAUGGAUCCAACAUUUGGAGGGCAAGAGCUGUUGGAGUCUUUGUCUCAGGCGUCUUCGACGAGCAAGAGUCGCAAGUCGAACGACGGCUCCCGAGGUUCCAAAGGCUCUUCACGAGGCAGCAGCAAUUCGACGCUGACGUCGGCGCACACGAAUCCAGUCGAAGAUGCGUAUCGUCGAAUAGGACAAGGGCUGUCGCAACGAGCCCAGGGCGUUGGAGAUACAGACUAUCAUAACAGUCAGAAUCAUCGACAGCGACAGCCAUCUUCACGAACAGCUCGUCUGGGCACUCAUCCUUCGGCGUCUUUUACCAAGUACCAACGACCUGCCAAAAAGCCAUUCAAUCCACAUGAAGCGGCUGCUUCUGCCAUGAACCCUCUUCACGGGCCUCCCACUCCCAAGGUCGCAAAGUUGGGAGGAUCCUUUCAUGAUCAUGGAUCUUCGGGGGCUUCCACAGGCGGGGGAUCUGCCACGACAGCCAGUGGCAAACCCAAUCAAAAACUGCUCAAACGAAUUACGCUUCAAGCCAAAGAAACAUUCCACAAAUGGAAACGACAACAAAAGGCUGGAUAUGUCAACAAGUACGCUCCUUCGGCAGGCAGUUUGCCAGGCACACUCAGUACCAGUAAUAGCUCACAUUCAGGACACACCAGUGCCACCUCUUACACUACCACUGCAGGAGGAUCCUCUUAUGGAAGAUUGACGGAACAACAAUUGCUACUCCAACAGCAACAACAACAGGCCAUGUCCAUGCCUCAUGAUGGCACGUCUCCUCAACGAUAUGCUGCCAUGCAAAUGCAAUUACAGCAACAACAGCAGCACCAGCAACAACAAAUAUCGACCGGUGCGCCACAAGGACCCAACCCACAGGGACCACCUCCCAAGGGAUUGUUGUCGGCUGUCCUCGAAGGAGGAUCCGAAUCCACCUUUGAAAGUGAAUCCGUGCACAGCUUGCCCACCAUCACCUCGCAACAAACGGGAAUGAGCAAGGCGGGGUCCGUACGGACCAGUAAUUCCCAAAAGUCCGCCUACCAUCAAUAUCCCGGACCUGGGUCGUUGCCGGGAAAUGGUGGAGGUACCAGUAUGUUGUCAUCCUCCCUAAGAGGCGGUAGUGCUCAUGGAGGCGGCAUUGGCGCCUCCGUCGUCAACAAUGAACCAUCAUUGCAUUUCGCAACACCUCGAGGUCGAUGUCUGACGCAACCAUCCGAUCCGGUCGGAAGCGAAGGACUCGACAAUGUUGAAGGCAACCUGAUACUCUGUCAAAACGAUAUUCUCAUUGUCCCAUCGCGAAGUCACACUCGAGGACCCAACGUCGGCAGCAAUCAAAAUAUCAUUAGCAGCAAGGGAUUGGAGUUUCACGUGCAGUCUCUACUCGGACAAGGUACUUUUGCUCAAGUCUUUUGUUGUUGGGAAUCCGUUUCCAAAAAACAUGUGGCCCUCAAAAUCAUCAAAAACAAACCCGCCUUUACCAAACAAGCUGCCGUCGAAAUUGAAGUCUUUCGAGCUCUUGCCGCCAAAACGACCGAUCCCAAUAACAGCGACAAUAACACCAACCCCGACGAUCCCGCGUCGGGAGUUGGUGGAUCGACACCGUCAUCGCCGCAUAUGGUCUCCUUGCUGAGUUCCUUCAUGUACAAGUCACAUCUCUGUCUCGUAUUUGAAAAAUUGGGAUUGAAUUUGUACGAAGUCCUCAAACGACGACAAUUUCGUGGAUUGCCGCUUCCAAUGGUACGAAGUCUGGCGCGACAAGGCAUUGAAGGUGUCAAGGAACUGGCCGGGAAAACCAUUGUGCACUGUGACUUAAAGCCCGAAAAUAUUCUCCUCGUGGGCGACGACGUCGAAAAGGACGUGGUUGGAGCAGGCGAGAGCAAACACAACAAGAAUGACGGUGGUCCCCCGACAACGGCGAGUAGUGAUGCCAGCGUGGUUAGUGCUUCCUCCAAUACCAGCAAGAAGAGUGCAUUGUUAGGAGGAGCCAACUCGCCCAUGCCACAAACCAUCAAAUUGAUCGAUUUUGGAUCGGCCUGUUUUGAAGGAUACUCGGCACAUACGUACAUUCAGUCGCGCUUUUAUCGAAGCCCUGAAGUCCUCAUGGGCCUGCCCUACGAUUCGGCCAUUGACAUGUGGUCGUUGGGGUGUGUCGCGGCAGAACUAUUCCUGGGAUUGCCCAUUUUACCAGGAGUUCACGAACACGAUCAAUGCGGUCGCAUCAUUGAAAUGAUUGGAGAAAUUCCCGAUUGGAUGUUGGAGCAGGGCUCCAAGGCGACCAAAUAUUAUCUCAAGUAUGUACCGCGUAGUGCAAAUAGCAGUCAGGGCAGCGGGAGCACUGGCAGCGAUCGUGCCGUGGCCGAGUCUACCAAUGGCAGGCCGAUGCUACCGCAAUGGCGACUCAAGAGUCAAGAAGAAUACAUCAAGUCUUUGACGCAAAAUGAAAUUCGAAAGAAAGGCGGGCUGGCCAAACUGGAAAAGCAACCUGCCAAUCGAUACUUCAAACGAACGAAAUUGUCCGAUAUCAUCAUGUUGCACGGACAACACUGCGUUGGGGAUGAAAAGGAGUUGCUCGGCAUGUUUGUUCACUUUCUAUACGGGCUUUUGGAUCCUGAUCCUUGGAAGCGAUGGACGGCGUACCAAGCCUCCCAGCAUCCGUUUAUAACAGGCCAAACUGGUCAGUUACGGAAGAAGGGUCCCGAGACGAAACUAGACUACAAAGAAGAGAACCAGGCAAACAAACAUUUCGACGUAUACUGGGUCCCUCCGUGGGAUCCAGGUAUCUGCCGAAGAAAACUGCUCAACGUGCAACGAAUGCGAGAAAAGCAAAACGAUCGACGUCGGGGGUAUGCACAGCAGCAAGGUUCAGAUAGAAGCAACCAGCAAUCGCCCUCAAUGAAUUCCGUCAAUUCCAGAGCUCAGCCAAUGAUGGUGGCGGACAGUCCGUCAGUUGGUCACAUGUCUGUGGACGGUGGGAAGUCCUCGCCACCGUCACAAAUUGCUUCGAAACAACAGCUCCAAACUCAAUACGGCCGCGGAGGCGGAAGAAAACAGCCUCAGGGUGCCCUUGCGUCGAGCAUGUCCGCACUUGGCAGUGCUGGGCUGCAAGCACAAAUGGCACAGGAGCCCGUGCAGCAUGAGCAUCUCAUGAAAACGCCAUCCCAAACAGGCGUCCAACCACGAUUCGCCGGCCCUCAAAGUUUUACAGCGCAUGGAAACUACGAAGAGGGUCCUACGGACGCUGACUUUAUGUAUGCAUUGCAGAGGCCAGGGAAUGUUCCAGGGCUUGGACGAGACGACGCAACAGUGGCCUCGCAGGCUAGCAUCAGCGGGGCCAGUCUUGGCUCUUCUCACAUGUCAGUGAAUUCAAAUCAACAUCAUCACCAGCAGCGACAUCAUUACUCACAACAGCAGCAACAAUACGGCCAUGGACGAAUGAACCAGAAUUCGCUUCCUCGAUAUCAACAGACUGAAGCCACCAACGUCAGUUCGUUACCAAAUGCGGCUGCGUAUCCAAAUCAAUCUGCUGGAAUGAUAGGAGCUGGCGGGGUUUCUUUCCAGGGUUACGGCAACAGCAGUCUCAAUAACUUCGACCAGGGCCAGGGUGGCGUUCAGUAUCUUGCUCAACAGCAGCGACUCCAGAAGGAACAGCAACAACAACGAGCUCGAGGCGGAAGCCAGCAGCAGCAACAACCGCAGUCCAUGGAUCAAGGCCAACCUCAACUGACUCAAUAUCAACACGAAAUGCUGAUCCUAGAGCAGCAAAAGCAACUGGCAGCACUGCAACAACAACACCAACAACAACUGGCAGCUCUUCAACAACAGCAGCAAAUGGCCUUCCAGCAGCAACAACAACAGUUCAUGACGCAGUACGGGCAGACUGGCAACGGCUAUUAUUACGUGACGUCGGCGGACGGAACUCCCGUGUUGAUGCAAGGUGGUGGUGGUGGCGGUCAGCCCAUGGGUGCCUCUUACGAUGGCUCUGCAGCAAGUGGAGCCUACAUGAUGCCGCCACAGCAAGGCGGUGGGUCAAUGAGGGAUCGAAAUGCGGGUGGCAGGAGACCUUCAGGUCAUGGGCACGGGCAGAGAAGUUACGGUCGGUGAGCUUCAUAAUUCAAUUCAAGCCUGGUUCCACUGCGCCCAACUUCAGCGGACGAGGAAGCUACAGCAAGUUAAAAGUUAUCAACUAUAGAGUGCCUUGUUACAUCAUCCUCGC